UGUCGGAACCCAUCGUAUGAUGAUUUGUAAACAUCGAUGGCCUUGUGGCAAGUGUAGGAUGGUCGAGUUAGUUAUUUGUUAAAUAUCAUCUAUUGCAGGUCAAUAUCAAACGUAUAGCAUACUUAAUAUCCGAAAAGUUUGAACACAUGUAGACCUAUUCUGGUACUAACUUCAACUAUAUGACACAGGAAAUCAACUCUUGAAGUAGUUUGACAAUAGAUUUAGAGUUUUACCAAAAAAAUGGCAGCUGAUAGAAUGGAUGUUGAUUUUGAUUCACCUUGUAAGGACCUGAGCUCGUUUGCGAUGCCUCUGCUUGAAUCGGAUGAGUUGGAUGGUAGCCGAGUGUCUUCGAGCCGCACAUCCCGUAGUAGUAGCAGCAGUGGCUCUUCAUCUCCACGAGCAAUGGAUUCAAACAAGAACAUGGAUGUAGACUUGCUAGGUAUUAACCCAAUGGAAAGAAAGCCAAUGACUGGUAGAGGCGUUUCACUGACUUUACCGGAUGCGCCUAUUGAUAAGAUACCAGAACUGUCUCCAGCACCGUUCAGGCUUGGAAACCGACUAAUUUUCAGGAAGACAGAUGCAGGAACACAGAGUAGGAUGAAGGAGUCAACUAAAAGGCGUUGGCAUAGUGGACCAGCACAAGAGUCAACUACAAGCCCAGGCAGGGCGAUGCAAGCAACACUUGCCCAGAGCAAGUCCGUCGGUUCACCGCGCAGCUAUUUGGCAGCCAUGAGGAUGCGUGAGUAUGUUACCGAGCCUGAGCGACGUCGUCCACAGCAGCAGUGGUCCCGAGCCAGGCACUUUUCUGAAGAGGAUCCAUUCAGUACACCCUUUCACCCUCUCUCCAGUUCAGAAUAUUCAUUAGACAGAAUGGAUAUAGAUUCAGAGGAAGAAGAGCAUACGUUCAUCCGAUUCAUGAAAGCUCACAAAUGCUAUGAAAUCAUACCAACCAGCUCGAAGCUAGUUGUCUUCGACACUCAGCUCCUGGUAAAGAAGGCUUUUUAUGCAUUAGUUUACAAUGGUGUGCGUGCAGCUCCUUUAUGGGACAGCACUAAGCAAGACUUUGUGGGGAUGUUGACAAUUACAGAUUUUAUCAGCAUAUUACAGUACUAUUACACGUCACCAUAUGAAAAAAUGGACAAGUUAGAAGAACAUAAGAUAGCAACAUGGAGAGAUGUGUUGAAAGGCAAACAGCGCCCUCUUGUGUUCACACACCCAGAUGCAAGUUUGUUUGAGGCUGUGCGGAUGUUGAUACAGGAGAAGAUUCAUCGGUUGCCUGUACUCGAUAAAACAACUGGUAACGUCAUCUACAUUCUUACUCACAAACGGAUCCUUAAGUUCCUAUCACUUCUGAAAAACGAAAUCAAACGUCCAGCUUUGUUGAAAAAGAGCAUUAAAGAUUUGGGAAUAGGAACCUAUUCAAAUAUAGCAACUGCUAGGAAAGACACUCCACUCAUCACUGCCCUUAAUACUUUUGUUGAACGAAGGGUAUCAGCUCUGCCAGUGGUUGAUGAGAAUAACAGAAUUGUAGACAUUUAUGCCAAGUUUGAUGUUAUUAACCUUGCUGCUGAGAAGACAUACAACAAUCUGGACGUAACAAUUGAACAAGCACUAAAACAUCGGGAAACUUACUUUGAAGGUGUUGCUAAGUGUAAAGCAACUGAAUCUUUGGAGACGAUCAUUGAAAAGAUUAUUAAAGCAGAGGUUCAUCGUUUAGUUGUUGUCGAUGAUGAAGAUCAUUUAGUAGGAGUCAUAUCUUUGUCUGAUCUACUCAAUCAUUUGGUGCUAAAACCUGCUGGUGUACCGUCGAGGAACCCAAGUGGAAGUUCAUCUGUCAGCUCUGUCAGCAGCCCCACCCUAGCCAACACCUCACCAACUGCAGUCCCAUAAUGCACUGUUCACCUUUACCCGAUCACAGAAUACACGGUAAUGUUGAUACAAUAAGAAAAGGCUAUGUGUAAUGGAAUACAGCAGCUCAAAGAAACUAUCCUUAUUUUAAGAUGGUUAUGUGCAUUAGGCUCUAUUCAGACUAUCACAUUUUAUUUGAAAAAUACAUGCGACAUGACUAUAUAUGGUCAUGAUGACAUCACAUCAUGAACUUAUAUAGGCACAUCAUGACUAUAUAUGGGAUUUUUGUCACUAGAAAUUUGAUAGUGUGGCCAGAGCAAUAUUGUAUGCGAUGCCAUGCACAUUAGGUAAAUAUGGCCAAAUUAUUAUUGUUGUUAUAUUAUUAUAUUGAUUGAAUAGGUGUUACAAAUAAUGAUUAUAUUUAUUAAAAUGGGAAAAAAAAUUGUUUUAAGAAAUGUUUGACCAAAGAGAUGGUUCUCUACUGUCAAUACACUGCUAGUGAUAAAUCAUUGUAGAAUAUAAAAGUUGGACCAUUUGAUGUUUUUGAGUAUUUAUUAAACUGAAGUUGUUUCUUGAAAUAAUUAUAAUAAUAAUAAUAAAAAUAGUGAUAAUUAUAAUUAUUAUUAUUUUUAUUGUUGUUAUUAUUCUUAUUGUGUUCAUUUUAGUUGGACAAGUAGUCGAAUUAGUCUAUUAUGAUAAAAUUUGCUGAAUGUAGGAAGGGCAUGUUAAGACUGAAUGAUACUUAUUCCAUUAUCUUUCAUGAUGGCUGUGUCUUUCUCAGGCGACAUAUCAGAAGUAGCCACAGUAUCUAAAAGUUCAUGGAAUAAACAUAAAAGUGGUUUGGCUCAGCAGAAACGGUUUAUUUUCCCAAUCUCAAGGCCGGGUUUCAAUCUCCCGCUGUGCAUUGCACUUGAGUCCUGUGAGCACUUCAUCCACAUUGCUCCCCCUUCCCCAGGAGUAUUAAUUGGUACCUGGUGGGGUUGCCUGUUCCUUCGCUGUUUACAGCAGCAACAAUGGCCUGGGACAAAAGCGCUUCGCAUCCGCAAAGAAAUUGCUAUAUUGAUAAACAAUGAAAUAAUUAAAAUAGAUAAUGUCAGUAAAUUUAACAUACAAUUUCUGUGUUUAUUAAUUGUAUUGUUAGUGAGAUUAUUUGUUUUAAAUGUUAUUAUUGUUAUUAAUAUUAUUAUUAUUAUUAUUGUUACUAUUAUUAUUGUUGUUGUUGUUUAUUUAUAUUUCAUUAUGUCAUACCAAAUUAUAAAUUCUAUAAAGAAAUUUGAAUUUAAAGAUACACUAUGUGUUGAGCUAGAGAAAUGAAAUUCAUUAUUUGACUUCCUUGUACUAAUUUAAGUAAAUUUAAUAUUUGUUUUUAUUUAAAAAGAGAAACUGUUUUUGUGUUAAUAAUGUCAUUCCUAUAUUUUUGCGAGGACUAAAAUUCGCUGGUAACCGUUUAAGAAUAAUUGUAGUAAAAUGUGUGUAGUUCAGCGAAAAAGUUGCUUUAAUUGGUCACUCACUGAAAGUUUUUUAGUACACUGUACCAUAUUUGGUCGUUUUAAAAUGAGUAAUUCAAAAUUUUAAUUGAUUUUUGAUGUUUUUCUAGAUUUUAUCAUAGAUGAUCAUCUUUAUGAAAAUAAUGGUAUUAUAGGUCAGGUGAAUAAAGUCAUAAAUAUUCAACUAUUAUCCGAUAAGAUAAAAUAAAAUAAAGGAAGGGGUCCCAAGACUUCCUGAAGUCGCGGUAGUAUCUUGAAAAGCGGAACAGCCUCCCACAUUCCCGCAAACAAUCAAGAAUCUCCAAAAAAAUAACCCAUUUCCCGCAAAUUCAUAAUAUUUGCAUAUUUAAACUACUUUAGUAUUGAUUGUCUCACGGAAGUCAUUGCCGAUGGGUAUCACCAUACGCAGCAAAAUAAAAUUAAAUAUGUUAAGAAAGCUUAUUUAGCAAUUCCCCCGGAAUGCAUUUCUUCCAACUUGGGACCCCUUUAAAGGGCAAUUUCGUCUGUUGUAGUAAACUACUGAAAUUUGCAAAUCUAAUUCGUAUCUGCCUAUUUUAAUUUAUAUUUAGUUUUAGUUUACCAUAAGAAAAUACUUUUAUAACGUAUUAGGAUGUGUAGUCAAUUACUGAUUUUAUUUCUUCUUCAAACGUUAGGCUUUAUUCAUACUAUCAUGUCUAGAAAAAAUAGUGUGUGAUUUGCCCAUGCCGUAUAAUGAUAAUGUCAUGUGUUAUCGGCAAAUCACAGGUAUUUGUGACGUAAACUGGUUAGUGUGAACAGAGCUUUAACUACGUCUGAAUGGACCACUUACGCUGUGCCCUUUAGAUUUAUUUGCUAUUGUCGCAUAAAACAUGCGUGUUUGUGGUAUGUGUGUUUUGCGCAUAUUCCUGGGCCUGCUUUGAUCGGUCGUUUAAGUUUGAUUGACACCUGGAAAGAUCCGUUUUUCAAAUGGUAGAGUAUAAGUUUCUUUGAAUGUUUGUAAUUCAUCAUCUUUUAUACACUGCUGAUAUAAAAUAGUAUUGUAUCAUAUUGUGAUAACUUGUGAUUGUGAUAUUUUUUUAUGCAGCCUCCUUAAAAUUUAUAGUUUAGAACACAGUUCAUAUACAGGUACUGUAUUUCAUUCAGAAUGAUGUGCAUCAUAAAUAUACCAUAAGAGCAGUAUGUUUUGAACCAGGGUAUAUUGGUAAAAGAUUUUAAUAAUUGUUAUACAUACAAUUAUUGACUUAAUUUUAUUUCAGUUUAUAGAAGUUCAUUUUAAGUAAAUACUGUUGUCGAUUUUAUUGUGUUUCAGAAAUAAAAUCUGGUUUAUUUUGGACUUUUUAGAAAUCUGUUUGGAUAAGUUGAAAAUUAAUUCUGAAAUGAAGAAAUGUGGGAUACAAUAAUGUUAGAUGGAUUGAUGUAAAUUGUUCUGUACAUUACAAAGUAGUUGGGUGUUUUAUUUUUGGGGGUGGGGAGGUGGGUGGGAACUGUCUGUAUGGAUUAUGUCCAUUAAAUUGUAUUGUGAUUUUGUUUUAGGUUUAAGCACCACCACCAGUUUGCACUGAUCUAGUUCCAGAAAGCAGUUCACUCGAGUUUGAAUGCUUUGCUUAAUUAUUGUAUAAGAAAAAAUCGGUUUGUGAUGAAUAGCAAGUGUGUAUAAAUAUAUUGUAUGAUUCAGAAAAACUUGCAUGUGACAUGAUAACUUGUAAAUUCAUAAAUUGGGGUCUUCUGUUAUUCAUAUAAAUAUGGUUCAUUUAAUUAUAAACAUAAAUUUAUUUCAAAUAGUGUCAAUAUUGUAAUUAUAAUUAUGGGGUUAAAUCAUGUUGAAAGAUGAUAUAGCUAUGAUUAUGAUGAUGCUGAUAACAGAACUGUUGAUUGCACUUUAAAUGUCUAUUCUGACUUUUCAGAUUUGUUGCUACAAUAUAAUAAUGUUUGACCUCUAGUAGCUCAAUUAUGAUUAGCUGAAUGAUGUAAUGUCCUGAGUGGAGAAUGUGAUUAGCCCCAAUCAGAAAUGUGCAUUGCAUUGUACAUUUUUUUACAUAAUGAUUGAAUAUAUUUUUUUCCAAGAUAAAAUCUGAUGAAGAUGAUGUAUCUGUUUUAUAUAGGCUGUUUAAGAACGAUAUACCAAAAUAGAAAAUGCUUUUGUUUUUUGCACGAAUAUAGGUAUGUCCACUGUUUCUUCCAAAUUGUCAGUAUUUUGACAUUAAUUUUCAUGGAUUUUAUGAAGACACGCGCACAUGCUUACACCAAUCAGGUUGUUAUUUUCAUAGUGCAUGAAGAAGUGAGACUCUUAUGUAUGUAUAUUGUUAAACAGCAUUUGUAAUUCAGUUACAUUACUUUUAAUAAAUGUGUGAUCAUAUCCA